UCUUUGGAGUCCAUAUUUGUUGAGGGCAUCUGGGGCAUCCAUUAGAGGGCACAGCAUGGUGUUCCUAAGUUUAUCACGUUGGGUUCGGAGCCGCGGUCCAGAUCGGUACUGGAGGGUUCAGGAGGUGCUGAAACAUGCUCGGCAUUUUCGUGGCCGAAAGAAUCGCUGUUAUAGCUUGGCGGUACGAGCUGUGCGCAGAGCCUUUGUGUAUUCAACAAAAGCCAGAAAAGCAAAGCCGCGCAUCAUGAGAUCGCUUUGGAUAACUCGAAUCACUGGUGCCCUUCAGGAACAUGGCAUGAAGUACCACAACUUUGUUGGUAACUUAGUCAAAGGUCAAGUAGCUCUAAACCGGAAGGUUAUGUCCGAUUUGGCCAUAUAUGAACCCAAGACCUUCAAAUCACUGGCGGCCCUGGCCAAAAGAAGAGGUGAAGAAGGUUUGGCCUCUGCUCUUGGAGAUGGGAAAGAACCCGAAGGAAUAUUUUCACGUGUGGUUUAUAACCGCUAGUUCAGGAUAAGACAUUUUUCUUUAUAAACUGCACAGAGAUCAAAGAUGUUUAUUUCUUUCAUACUGAUGCACGAACAAUGAGAACUGGCAGGAACCUCUUCUGUGUCGCAGCUUUCUGUAUGUCUGCCGACCCCGGAUAGGAAAACGUUACCACAUCGGUAUAAAGUAAUGUGCACUCGUUGGUGCACAGGAAACACCUGGAUAUGUCUGAAUUG